CCGCAGCCAAUCAGAAGCCUCGCCCCUCAGAAGCUGGAUUCUGAUUGGCUCUCGGCGCUGCUCGUCAAUGGGCGUUUUAUGGAGUGUCAACAAAGCAGAAGAUCAGCAGACGGGAGACAGUGACAGAAAAGAAAUAUAACUUAGAUCAGAAGAGAGACAGGAAGUGACGAGGUGAAAGAUGUAUCCAGCAAGCCCAAGACUGGGCAGGGCUCAUCUUGGUGCUUCAACUUUCUUUGCUUCGGCUCAUCCUAGUGAAUCUUGCGGCAGCAAUGGCCUGCCCCUCACGCCAAACUCCAUACGCAUAUAUGGCCGCGCACAAGCCCUGGGGCUCAUUAAUCAUCCCCAUUUGUGUGCUUAUGUGGACAUCCAUAGAGGAAAACAUGAAAGAAUAAUGGUAAUACAAGAAUACUAUCGAAUGAAUUUACGUAUGGCGGCAGAGAAGUAUGAGCAGUUUAGAAAUCAAAAUGGAUUAGCGCAAGUGGCCCAUCAGGUCAUUCAAGGGCUUGUAUACCUCAACAACUUUGGAACUGUGAACUGCAGCUUGAGUCCAGACAAUAUCUUAAUUGAUCCAUGGGGAAAGGCAAAGCUAUACAAUUAUGGACUCUAUUACAUGACAGAAGCAGGCACAGCAGUUUCGUUUCCUCUUGGGGUUGUGCAGUAUACAGCACCGGAGGUACUGCUGCAGGGUGGGACCCAGGACAGUGGGACAGGCACUUCUACUGUGUCAGGCAAUCCAGCUUGGGAUGUCUGGUCUCUUGGCAUAAUUUUGGCUGAAUUAGCUCUUGGCUGCAAGCUUUUUUCCAGAACGGAAGGUGUAGAAAACAUAGUAGGUGAAGUGUUGAAAUUGACUCAAACAAAUGAUCCCCUUAAGUGUUUGGCCCAGAUGCAUGAUGCUGUUGACAAACUUGAUGCUCUGAGUGAAGAAAUGAGAAACUUCCUCUGUCAGUGUUUGACAGUUGAUGCUGAAGAAAGACCUCUGCCACGCAACCUACUGUCUCACCCGCUCUUCCAGCCUUUCAUCAUUUCCGCUUCUCUUGUGCCAAUUCUUCCUCAUUUUCCAGUCAUUGAUCCCUCUCUGUGCCUUGUUGACUUUGCACAGUACAAGGCAAAAUUGGGUGUUAUGGAAGAAGAUAAAGGUGAGAUGCUGUUGGACUAUCCUCUAAUACAGGACUCAGAGGAUUAUCAGACCACACCUGUUGAUGAGAAUAUGACAUACAGGAAGUGCAAAAGAGAUCAACUAAGUGAAAGAAGCAUGAAGGAGAUUUAUUAUAUAUGGCAACUAGCCGGUGGUAAUGUUGAGCAAGAACUGAAAAAACAAAAAUUGAUCCGGACAAAGCCAGCCAUAUUAACAUUGCCGUGUAUAAUGGGUGUUGAAGGAGAGGUCUUCGGUGGAGGUAUGAAUCGCCAUCAGUUGUUGGAGGCAACGACAAUCAUUCUGCCUUUGCACAACUUGAGGAAUAGGCUAGACCACAUUCCCCCUGAAAAAUAUUAUCCUCUUAUAACACAGGGUGAGUGCGGCACAGAUGAACUAGAGACCAGCCAGCUUCCGUUAGUCAUUAGAGAACGGGAUGUGGAAUACCAGUUCCAUCGCUUAUUGAUCUUUGAGAGAUUAUUACAGGCCUAUCCUUUCAAAGCUGAAUGCAUUCUAAAGGAAGCCAGGAAAGACAUUCCGCCAUUUUUUAGAGCCCUUGUUUGGGCAUCUCUUCUGCGUGUUGAUGGUGCUGUGGCACAGACAUACCAGCAAGUGGACAAAGAAACCCCAACACCCACAGAUAGACAGAUUGAAGUAGACAUUCCUCGUUGCCAUCAAUAUGAUGAGCUGCUGUCAUCGCCUCAGGGACAUGCUAAAUUCACUCGUGUGCUGAAAGCCUGGGUUGUAUCGCAUCCACACUUGGUGUACUGGCAAGGCCUAGACUCACUCUGUGCACCAUUUUUGUACUUGAAUUUCAACAAUGAAGCUCUAGCAUACUCAUGCUUGUGUGGAUUUAUUGAUAAAUAUCUGCACAAGUUUUUCUUAAGAGACAAUAGUGCUGUCAUUCAGGAAUAUCUUGCCAAGUUUUCACAUAUGAUUGCCUUCCACGAUCCACAACUGUUUAACCACUUGGAUAACAUUGGAUUUAUCCCUGAGUUGUAUGCCAUCCCGUGGUUUCUUACUAUGUACACACAUGUGUUUCCUCUUCACAAAAUUUUCUUGUUGUGGGACACACUGCUUCUGGGAGAAGCAUCGCUGCCGCUGUGUGUAGGUGUUGCAAUUUUACGACAGUUGAAGGAUCGGCUACUGCAGUUUGGCUUUAAUGAGUGUAUUCUUCUUUUCUCAGAUAUGCCAGAUAUAGAUAUGGAGCGUGUUGUGCGAGAGUCUGUCCAGGUAUUUUGCUCAACACCUCCGUCAGUCACCUUCAGGCAACACGAGAAACCUCCAGUGGACACAAGCAAAGAAACGUCACCUUCUCCCCACCAGACACAGGCCAAUCAAGACCUGGUUAUGGAUGCUGUGUCUGUUGUUGAAUUGAAGUCCGAGAAAUGCCCGAGAGUUUGUGGUGCAGAUAUACUUGAACUUCUUGCCCAGAAGAGAAGUCGCAGUGGACGAGCAAAAGUUCUAGUAGUUGAUGUUCGCACAUCGGAAGAAUAUGCUAGAGGAACCUUAUCGGAAGCCAUAAAUCUGCCUGCCGAGUCUUCAUUAACGCCAGAAAAUUUACUCGCUUCCGGCCCUCAAACCGAUGUACUGAAUUCCUAUCGUGGUAAAAUAAUCGUGGUCAUGGGAUCGCGCAAUAAUAGGGAGCAGGUAAAUAAGUUCGCAGAGAGUCUGUUAGCACAGGAAUUCCCCCGAGUUUGUACGCUGCACAAGGGAGUGGAGGUGUUCCGAGCAUCAGGAGCACUAAUGGUUCCAUCGUAAGGCUCUGCUGGAUAGAUGAUAUGAUUGCUGGUUAUAUAUGACAAUAUUUUAAAAUAUUAUAAUCUAUUUAAAUAUUCUUUAUAUGUAUUGUAUAUUAUUUAUGAAUAAAUGAGAAAUGUCA